UUCCCAUCAUCUAACACAUAUUAGGAAAAGCAGCAGCCACACUCCUUUUCCUUUCUUCUUAAAUCUUUAGAACCAUCUCUGUCCAAAACUUUUGUUGAUUUGGCUGGCUUUAGCUAUUUAUUGAACAAUCUGUAAGCCCUUUAUUCUUUGCUUGGAUUAGAAGAAUAAGAAGGUGACUUGUACUAUCCUAAUCCAAGAAAAAAGAGAGAAAUUUGUGGAAAAUGGAUUUGGACUUUUGCGCAGCAAGAAUAAAUUCAGCUAGACACCUCUCUGCUGUCCAAACAAACCAUCUCAGUAAUUCUGAUUAUCUCUCAAAUGUGGAUAAUACUGCAGAAGAAGAGGAUGUUCGGGCCUGGUUCCCUUGCCCUUUCUGUUAUGUAGAAAUUGAAGUCCAGAUGCUUUGCAACCAUUUGCAAGAAGAGCAUUGCUUUGACUUUAGAAAAGCGGUUUGUCCCGUAUGUGCUGCAAAUUUAGGUAAAGAUCCUCUGGGGCAUUUUACAUUGCAGCAUGCACAAUCAGUAAAGAGGAGGAGAAGAUACCAGAAGUCUAGCUUCUGGAACAAUACUUCAGCAAUAAGUGGCAAGGACCCCCAUGAAAUAAAUUCAUUCUUGUGCACAAAUUUAAUGGUUGGCCGCUACAAUGUACAAGAACCUGCUCCUGAUCCCCUUCUGCUGCCAUUUCUAUGCAGUACGGCUCAUUCUGAUUCUAAAGAUGGUCUACUAGAUGAGUCUCCUGGUAGUGUUGCUGCUGCUCCUGAUGUAGAAAGCAGCAAGCUGCCAGUAUGUGAUCCAGCCCAAGAAGAACAGUAUGAAGAGAAAAGGCAAAGAGCUGCAUUUCUUCAAGAGAUUAUUGCUUCAACUAUCUUCUAAGAUAUGCAUAACCAGCCGGAGGAUUCAACCCAACGAAGAGAACAGCUUUUAGUAUUAGAGCAUAUGUAUGAGAAUAAUUCUUCACAAAAAACAUGUAGGUGCUAUAUGUAUCCCAUUACUAGCUAAAGUCUCGGAAUAUCUAAUUACAUUAUUUGUGGCUAGAAACUAUUUACACGAAAACACAUGCACUGCGUACUAUCUGUCAUGGAUCAAUUUAAGUGCAAACUGAAAUAUGUUAAUGUCUCUCAUUUGUCCUCA